AUGCAAAGGUCUACUGGGCUUCCUGCAUGUGCAUCGUGCAAACAUCAACGCAAGAAGUGCACGGACAAAUGCAUAUUAGCACCAUUUUUUCCAGUCGAAAAGAACAGAGAAUUUCAAGCUGUUCACAAAAUCUUUGGAGUCAGCAAUGUUGCAAAGAUACUCAGGAGUCACAACAGUGAAGAAGAAAGAAAAAGGGCUGCGGAUUCACUGAUUUGGGAAGCUUUUGCUUGGCAAAGGGAUCCAAUCCAAGGGCCAUCUGGAGAAUUCAGAAGGGUUGUUGAAGAACUCAAGUUUUACAAAACUCAAUACCAAAAGAUUACUUCUCAAUUGCCCCCAACAUCACAGGUCACAACAAGCAUGGGGUACAAACCGGCAGUUAACGCGGCCGUGGCAUCACCAGUUUUGGUUAAUGGAGCAUGGAAUAAUGCUCGCAAUAAUAAUGCUAAUAUUAACGGUGGGAUUAGUACCAUGAUGAAUAAUAUUCGUGGGCUAAGUAGCAAUGGUGGUGGUUUGAGUGGUGUUCAUGAUCAUCCUAAUGGAAAUUCGAUUAUUGAUCAUUCAUCUAAUCCGUUUGCUUAUGGUGCUAAUAGUAAUCAUCUGGUAGUCCAAACUAUGGAGCAUCAAAAUGGUUCUGCAGCUGUUAUUCUUUCCCAGCAGCAUCCUAAUGGUAACAGUAACGGUGUAUUGCAAGGUUUCGAGCAUCAAAAUGGUACUGCAGCUGUUAUGCUGCCCCAGCAGCAUCACACAAUUUCUGGUUUCAACCAGCAAUACUAUAUUCCCACAGGCCAGUACAAUUCCUCAACUGAUGUGAAUGGCAAGACAGCAGAAAGUUCACCGUGGCAUGGGAACUCAUAG